UGAUUCAAGCACUAGAUGUGUCUGGCUCAGGCACAGCAGGGGAUUAAAUCUCGACUCCCCUGCUCCGAGUACAGUACAUAGGAAAGGCUCCCAUCUCCCCCCCACUGGAAAUUUCACACACGUGCAGGGGACGUCGCUGUCCCUUUAAUUCCUGAGGGCCAGGCAUCCCCCUGCAAUGCAAUUGGGUGGCGGUGUUGCACGUUCAGACCUGUCGAAGAGCGUCCUGCGACUGUGAUUGGCUACUCAGAACGCAGCUGGAUACUUCCUGGAAUGUCUGCAACCCAACGUUCCAUCAGGUAACGCAGUGGAAGCCAGACGCCGCUCAGGAUGACGACUGAAACCUUUGUAAAGGACAUUAAACCUGGCUUGAAAAACUUGAAUCUUAUCUUUAUUGUACUGGAAACAGGUCGGGUGACCAAGACAAAGGACGGCCACGAGGUGCGGACAUGCAAAGUAGCCGACAAAACGGGCAGCAUCAACAUCUCGGUGUGGGACGACGUAGGGAACCUCAUUCAGCCGGGGGACAUCAUCCGAUUGACCAAAGGCUACGCGUCAGUUUUCAAAGGCUGCCUGACCCUCUACACAGGCCGUGGAGGAGACCUGCAGAAAAUCGGAGAGUUCUGCAUGAUUUACUCCGAGGUCCCAAACUUCAGCGAACCCAACCCAGAGUACGUGACCCAGCAGUCACAGAGCAAAGCCGCCCAGAACGACAACGCGACCCCCGCUGCUCCCCAGACUACCCCGGGCCCCGCCGCAUCAUCCCCAGCUGCUGACAACCAGAACGGCAACGGGCUGAGUGCCCCAGGCCCCGGUGCCCUCCCCCACCCGCCAAACGUCCCGUCCCACCCCACCAGUGGCCGGAUCACCAGGAGCCAGCCGAACCACCAGGGCGCGGGCUCGGCCGGGGCCAGCUCGUCCUCCAGCCCCAUCAGCAAUGGCAAAGAGACCCGGCGAAGCAGCAAGAGAUAACGCUGUGGGGUUGGGACCCCCUGCCCCAGCUCCGUGCCAGCUUGCAGGGAGGAGGCUGAGCCGGAGGGCGGGGAGCAGGGGAGAGGCCAUGGCCGGCUGGCGCUAUGGCUAGAUCAGAGACAGCGAAACCAAAAGCGUUUUCAUCGCCGCGGUCAUGACCAUUUUAACCAGGACUGUGGCCUUCUCCUGAGCAGUGAUGGGGAUGGGGGCGCCCCCCCCAUUGGAAACCAGCCCUUUAUCUUCACCGCUCUGCUUUGAGACUAAUCUGAACCACAGCCAACUGCCCUGCCCCCACUGGGAUCCCCACGUGCCCCUCGUGGAGGAGGUGCCAGCCCCCCCCCCCAGAUUUCAUUCUUUUUUUUUUUUAAACAAAUAUCCUGAAACUUUUUAGCAAACUUUAAAAAGCUGAUUUUGCCAGGUGGGGUCAGUGGCCAGGGGGCAGCCAGGGACUGCUGAGGCCUCUGGGCAUAGGAUGGGAGGGCAGCAGCGAGGCUCCCCCCCUUGCCCCUGGGAGAGGCUCGUUUGGGUUUUGGUGUCUCAGCGGGGGGGGGCGGGGGGGCAGGGGGGCGAUGAGAUGGGGCACUGGCUGCAGCCCAGGUUGGCCAUGAUCCCCAUCUGGGCCCCCUGCGUGAAACGAGCUUGCUGGGUCUCAGCCAGGUUCUUAGGAGACAAACAUCUCCGUCAUUAUGAGCGCCCCUCGCAGGCUGCCCUGGGGCAGGGGCCAGAUGGCAGGUUUGGGCUCCCUCGAAUCGCUGCGAUGGGAAGGGCUGUCACGUCUGCGCACCCAGGGAGGGAUUGAGCCUGGCGCUGACCUUGGAGCCGUUCUCCCUCGCCUGACGGUUUGGGGAAUGCUCCUCUCCCCACUCGAUGCUCCCGGCUCCCCCUUUAUUCUGUUUUAACCCCCCAACUCCCUUUUCUCAUCUCCCCCAAGUGCAGUCACUGACCUGCCUGGGCAGCGUUGGAAUAAAGACCGUGCCGCCGUCCC